AUGUACAUAUGGACCUUUAAUACACCUCUGCUACGUCUGAUAGAGCGGAUAAGGGGCCAGGACAUUCAAGAUAGGAUUGCCCAGGGAAAAUCUGGCAGGCUAUUGACGACACGUCUCAGAGGAAAGAUUGGGAUGCCCAAGAGCUCCCCUGAAGGAAAAAGCACACCUGAAGACGAUGAAAAGUACUUGGCAGCUCUACUAGCAAGAUUGUCCACCCGGCAUUCUCCGACGGAUAACAAGAAACCUGGCUUUACAUCUAAGUCAUCCUUGAAUGAAGUCUCCGAAGCAGCAUGUGCACUUCCUCUCGAGUCCCAAGCUUGUGGCAUUUCCCCAACGCUUAUGGACGCCGGGCAGGAACUCUACUUCUCAGGAAUCACCGACGAAAGUGACAACAAGAGCUCAUCAGUAUCGGAAACUUCAAGCUCGGAAAAAUCGUUCGCUCCUUCUUUGCCACCAGGCCAUCAAAUUAAAUGGGCCAAGGAGCAAUGCGUAAAGGACUGUCUCACGCGCUUUACAGAGUGGCAAACCUGCCCCAGAGACUCGAACAAGCGGCCCGCGACCGUUUCAUCAGCGCAAGUGCAGCAGCCAAGUAAAAGAUCGAAGCGAUCUGAAAAGGAAAAAUGUCAAGAUGAUGAUGAGACAGAAGACGAGGAGAAAGGCUUAAGUCCCAGGCCGACGGGGGUCUCCACAGUGACACAGCCCGAGAAAAGCAAGAAGACUAUAUUUGCUUGUCCGUAUUACAAGGAGAAUCAUUUGAAGCACCUUCAAUGCCUCAGAAUCGAGCUCAAGAGGAUGAAAGACGUCAAACAGCAUCUCAACCGGAAGCACAGACGACCGUCGUAUUACUGUCCAACUUGCUGGAUGAUAUUUGACCAGGAGACGGAUCGAGACCUUCACGUUGCACAACGCGGCUGCCUUGGGCAAGAACAAGCUCGAUAUGAGGGUAUCUCAGAGGAGCAAAGCAGGCAGCUCACUCGCAAGGCAGACAGACGACUAUCGGAAGAACAGCAAUGGUUCACUGUGUGGGAUAUUGUGUUUCCUGACAUUCCACAUCCGGACUCACCACAUCUGGGUAAUCAGAUCGAGGAAUCUAUGGUGAUGAUUCAUGACUUCUGGGGCGCCAGUGGAAGAUCACUGGUAUCUCGUGCUCUGAGGCAACGGGGACUGGUGUCAGAUCUACCUCGGCUCGAUGGGAAUGGCGAGCUUGAGAGCUUGCUGGCUGAGACACUCGAGUCCGUGGUAGAGGAGCUGCUCGCGUCCUGCCGAACGCAGAUCGCGGCUACUCUCUCUAGGACAAAUCACCAUUUCCAGGAGGCUUCGUUAGCGUCAGAACAGACGUCAAAUUCGGAUGCUAAGACUGGGAUAGAGAGCAACGGUGCGAGUGAGAGGAGUCAAAGCACCAUCGCUUUCGCGCCUGUCUCCGAAACAAGCAACAAUACCCAAAAGAACUCCAUGCCGCAGGAGUCACUGGAUAAGCCUGUAGCGGCUUACACCCAUUGCCUUGCCGAGGACCUCGAAUCCAAUACGACGUACAACUGGCCUACGGUGGUAGGUGAGAUAUCAGUAUUUGGUGAUCAGAGUUGGGACCUAUUAGCCCAUUUGGAGGAACACAUUGGCGGUUAACUGCAAGGGUGAGCAGCAUAACCCUGACACAGCAUCAGCCUUUUGUCAUCACGUUUGCCUUAAAGAGCCGGUGCCCAGUGCAUGAGAAUGUAGACCGUGAUAGAAGACCACGCUGAAUUGUAUUGAGCUGAGAGGUAUCUUAUGUAUAAAGGCACCGUGUGUUGACUUGUCCAGGUAGAAGAGCAUGCGGGAGCUUUCGGCUCGUCCUAGACUGAGUUAAUCUUGGAUGAGGCAUACAAUGUUGAGGUCAUUUCCGACUCAAAACGAGCUA